CGGCGUCGUGCGUCGACGGACACAGUACAGUUCACUAAGAUGGUGACUAAGUCCAAGAACCCCAUGGUGGCCACGACGGCGGGCGCCAUCGCCGGCGGCAUCGAGACGCUCACCAUUUGGCCCAUGGAGAUGAUCAAAACCAACCUGCAGUUGGGCACCAUGCGCGCGCAGUACACGGGGAUGAUCGGCGGCUUCCGCUACCACGUGCAGACCGACGGUGUCGGAUCACUGUACCGGGGACUGGCACCGGUGCUCGUAGGCUCCAUCCCUAAGGCCGGUAUCCGCUUCGGAGCCUUCGACUUCAUUAAGCGGAGGCUAGCGGACGAGGACGGCAAGACGUCAGCCGUGCGCAACCUCGCGGCUGGAAUGAUGGCCGGUGCCAUCGAGGCCACAUUCACCACGACACCGAUUGAGACGCUCAAGACCAAGCUCAUUGGUGCCAAUGCCGGUGUGUGGGAAGGAACGAAGAUGAUCCUCGCGAAGGAGGGCAUUCGUGGUAUUUAUCAGGGGCUCUGGGCUACGAUUCUCAAGCAGUCAACCAACCAAGGCCUGCGCUUCAUGUGGUUCAGCGAGUUCCAGAAGCGUAUGAGCCCCGAGUUUCUGGAGCGUCAUGAAAUCAUCCACGACGCGCAGAACAUGACGGGCAGCCAGCGAGCGUCUCUAAGCCUCAUCGGUGGCAUGACGGCGGGAAUCUUCAGUGUCUUCGGCAACAAUCGUACGUGGGUCGCUGUGGAUUCUGCGUUUGACGUGGUGAAGACGCGGAUGCAGGGUCUAGACGCACACAAGUACAAGAGCACCUUCGACUGUUUCCGCCAGAUGCUGGUGCAUGAAGGCGUGGGGUCAUUUUACGCUGGUGUGGUGCCACGGCUAGGCCGCGUCAUCCCCGGCCAAGGUGUUAUCUUCAUGUCGUACGACAGCAUCACGAUGGUCGUGUCCCGUUACAUUGAGGGCUGA